AUGCUUUCAGCCACGCACCGCAGCAGCUGGCAGCUGCAGAGGCGAGGCGGUGGUGCGCAGCAGGGCUUUCGCAGGCUGCGACCAGCGGCGGAGCUGGGCGGCCGCGCAGGCAGCAGCAGCGGCGGCAGCGGCGAGGGCGACCCCCACCGGUGGCUGCCGGGCGGCAGGCAGGGCGGCCGGCGAAAGAAGGCGCGGCAGCCGGGCCUGUUCGAGGUGGAAGACAUGUCGCCGCCCAGCCGCUCGCUCGGCAUCCACGCGCUGCCGCCGAACACCCACAACGGGGACCAGGUCGAGAUCGCUGGCUCCAGCUAUGUUGUGCAGUCUGUGGUGCUGCAGUUCAAGCUGGUGCGGGGCAAGUAUCGGCGGGACCACGCCCGCCUGGAGGUACAGGGCACGGGCCGCUGGAUGGCCAACCUGUACCUGGAGAAUGUGUUCCAGCUGGAUGCGCCGCCAGAGGGCGGCGGCGGCAGCGGCAGCGGCAGCGGCAGCGGCGGGCCAGCCGGGUCGUCGUAG